AGAAUUCCCCUUUCCCCUACAGACCCCGACCACCUCCGAUGAUGAGAAGCCCCAGUCUGGCAAGAGGGGCUCGUCUGGUCCCAGGGCCAAGAAGAUCAAGAGGGACACAUUUGAGAUUGAGAAGGGGGAGGAGAUGGAAGCUACGGAUGCGGUUGCCUUGGGAACAGAGGAGAAGGCAGCUCUGGAGGCUGAAGUGAUGGCAGAGCUGAAGAAAAGGGUUGAUGCUAAGAUGCCAGCUAAGGACCCGGCUGCCCCCAGCAGCACCAGUAUCCCCAGGUUUAGUGCCUACCUCCAGAAGAGCAACAAGAAACCCAUCACACCAGGAAACAAGGACUGGGACAAGAUCCACAAGAAAGGUUUUAAGAAAAUGGAGUCCAUCGAUGACUACCUGGCCAGGAAGCGCAAAAUGACAGAUGCCUUCACUGCUUCUGUCAAGAAGGCAAAGCUGGUGGCAGAUGAAGCCAAGGCCACGGUGCAGAGCCUGAAGAAGCCGACCCCUGCCCGUGUCACCCCGGGUCGGAGGUCACUCGCCAUGAAGACUCCAGGCAGCAACAAGAGUGGCCGUGUAGUGAAGCCCGUAGCCAGGAGGUCCAGUGUGCUGAGGAAGACUCCCUCCUCCAUCGUGAAGUCCACUCCUGGAACCACCUCCUCCCAGGCCAAGCCUAAGACUACUGUGGAGAAGGCUGUCAAGUUCAAACCAUCUGGACUGAAGCCCCCCACCAAGCUUGUGUUACCCGCCCUGCCAUCAGCUCUCACCAAAACAGAACCUACCAGCGCACGCAAGUCAGUGGGUCAGCACAUUACACCUUUCAAGUUCACUGCUGGGAGCAACGUGACCUUCAACUCCACCAUGAACUCUACCAUGAACUCGACCUUCACCUCGCCUCCCCCCAAGCCAGCCUUUAACCUCAAAGCUUCCAUACAGAAGCCACUGACAUAUAAGCCCCACUCUGGUGCUUUGCGGCCAUUAAACGAGGAGGAGGAGAAGAAACAGAAGGAGAAAGUUGACAGGUAUCUGCAGGCCAAGCAGAUGUACAAGAGGCCGGUCAUCAAGAGCCGGGACGACCGUCGUAAGAAGAUGCAGGAGAACAGGGGGAAGGCCAAGGACAGCCGCAUGCUGGCCAGAAGAGGGAUCGAAUGCUAAAACGGGGAGUAGAAUAGUUGUAGAAUUUGUGGUUUAGGUAAGAUUUGACAGAAGACCAGUGUCAUAGAACAAUAAUGUUAACCAUGUAGCUUUUACAAUGUUUAGUAUGAAAAAAGCUUCACAGUGGCUUGUAACAUUGUUUGGUCGUAGAUCCCUCGUCGCCAUGUGGCGUUCUUGAUUCUCCGACUUUGUCUUCUUUGUUUUGCUACCAAGCUUGAUUAUCUAAGGGCUGAUUGAAACUUGUGUUUGUAGUAUUCUCGGAUCCAAAAAUGUUUCAUGAUGCUGGAAAUUCCUCAAAGAGAGGAAAGAGUGUAUCCUGAUAAUAAUUCUAUGAGUACUAGGUUUAUAAUUGUAAUCUAGAGCAUUUUACAAGUUAUAUCGGCAGCUAGUUUUAUAACCUUUCUAUUUGGAUAAAUGUAAGUACAUUUUGAAUGACACUACAAGUAAUUGAAAUGAUCUUGUGCUCAAAUUACAAGAUGUCUUAUCAUCUCUCUGUCUGAGAUGCAUUAGAUUUAGAACAUUCUGUUUCAUUUCAAAUGACCUUUCCUCUCAUCCUAUCUUUUACUGUUGGUAUCUUUUUUAUAUACAUGUACUACGUAGUCCUGCAAAGGGUUUGACUAAGUCUUUCCUCUGUGAAAUGUAAAUAUAUUGUAGUGUUUAUAAUAAAGACUAAAGACACAAUGGGCUUCAA